AUGAUAAGUGUAAUUCUCAUAUCUCUGGUUUUGUUUCUUCUGAGUGCACAGUUCCUGAAUCUGCAAUGGAAGAGUCGUGGAUUUCCUCCUGGACCAACCCCAUUUCCCAUUAUUGGAAGCGUCUGGUGGAUAAACUUUAGAGCAGAUCAUGGGAGCCUGAAAAAGCUGGCAAAAACCUAUGGCAACAUCUGCACCCUGUGGAUGGGUCACAGACCUAUUGUGGUGCUCUAUGGGUUCCAAGCUGUGAAGAACGGUCUCACCAACAACUCGGAGGAUGUUUCAGGGCGACUGCAGACCUACAUUUUCAACAAAAUGGCAGAAGGAAAGGGUAUCUUGGUCUCAAACGGUCUCAUCUGGAAACAACAGAGACAUUUUGGAAUUGGAACUCUCCGAAAGCUGGGAAUGGGGAAUAAAGGAAUGGAGCGUGGGAUACAAACAGAGGCUCGUUUCCUGGUCAAGUUCUUCGGAGACAGAGAGGGAGAAGCUGUUGACCCUUCCUUCCCCAUUGUCCACGCUGUCUCCAAUGUGAUUUGUGCUGUGGUUUUUGGACAUCGUUUCUCCCUAGAAGAUAAAACCUUCCACCAGCUGAUUGAAGCCUUCAAUCAUAUAGUGGCUUUUGGGAACAGCCACAUUUAUUAUAUGUGUGAAGUGUUCCCAUGGUUUGCAGAGCACCUCCCAGGACCUCAAAAUAAAGCAAGAUUUUCCCGGGAUUUUGUUCAUUCCUUUAUAAGGCAGGAAAUCAAAAACCACAGGAAAAAAGGCAGAAUAGAUGAACCAGAAGAUUUCAUUGACUUUUACCUGAAGCAGAUAGAGAAAACUAAAAAUGUCCCCAGUUCUACAUUUGAUGAAGACAACAUGGUGCAGUCUGUUUUUGACCUUUUCCUGGGUGGCUCAGAGACCACAGCCACCACUCUGUGCUGGGCUCUGCUCUAUAUGUUGAUUUAUCCUGACAUCCAAGACAAAGUCCAGAAAGAACUGGAUGCUGUUCUGAGUCCCUCCCAUCUCAUCUGCUAUGAGGAUAGGAAGAAGCUGCCGUACACAAAUGCUGUGAUUCAUGAGAUCCUCCGCUUCAGCAGCAUUGUUUUAAUCACAAUUCCUAGAGAAGCUGUGAAGGAUACCACAGUUUUGGGGUAUCACAUUCCAAAGGGCACUAUAAUUAUGGCCAAUGUAGACUCUGCUCUUUUUGACCCUGCCUAUUGGGAGACGCCUCACCAGUUCAACCCUGACCAUUUCUUGGACAAGGAUGGAAAUUUUGUCACCCGAGAGGCCUUCUUGGCCUUCUCAGCAGGUCACCGUGUUUGUCUGGGAGAGACGAUGGCCAAGAUGGAGCUUUUCAUCAUAUUCUGCAGCCUGCUGCAGAAAUUCAAGUUCAUUGUACCAGAAGGAGUUAAGGAAGUCAACACAGACAUUAUCUUUGGGAGCACCAUGAAACCCCAUCCAUACAAGCUCUGUGCAGUUCUGCGCUAG